AGAAGGGGAGAAGCUUCGCGAGACGCCUGGAUCUUUUCCUCAUAGAUUUUGUGAAUUACUGUCUGUUCAAAAAUUCAGAUUGAAGAAAUUGUUGAAUGAAAGAUAUGGAUAAUGUGAUGUGCUGAGAAGAGAGAUGCUGUGCUAUCUCAAAGUUUAAACUUGAAUGAUUAAUUAAGUGAAUACUAGUAGUACUUUAUUAAUUCUGCAGAGCAUAUUAUGGAAUUCAAUAGCACUUGUUUAUAUCUUCAGUCAGUCAGAGUAGAGAUUGCAGACUUUGAAAAAAAGUCUUUUAUUACUUGAGUUACAUAUACAUAUCUAUACAUGUGUGUGUGUGUGUGUAAACCAGUCAUGCCACUGCAACAAGUAUACAUUAACCAGCAUAUCAGCUAAAUAUGAUAGUGAAAUUACAGCUAAAAUCAAGUUGUCCUAUGAUUUUGUACUGAAAUCAAAAUUCAUAAUUUUGAGCUAAGAAAACCUGCAAUGCUGUCAAACUUGUCAAGAUUAGGAGAGAGAGAUGUCAGCUUAUGAAAAUGUUGUUGCUGGCAAGCUGAGGCUGAAGGGAAAAGCUUUGGAUGUGAGGAACGCAGGUAUAAAAAAGAAACGGAAGCACAAAGAGCGAAAUAUCCUCUCAGAGCAUGCUGCUGGGCAAGACCGGUUGACAGAUGAAAACAGCGCGUUGGUAUCAUUGGAUAACACAUAUUGGGAUGGAAAUGGGGGAGAGGACGAGCGCUUGACUCCAGCAGAUAGACGCUACAUGGAACAGCGAAAAAAGAUCGAGAUGAAGAGACUUGUGAAGGCUGCUAAGAAGUCUCACCGUGAUCGCAUUGAGGAAUUUAAUCAGUAUUUGGCUAAUCUGAGUGAGCACUAUGACAUCCCUAAAGUGGGCCUGGCUAACAACUAUGCUUCAAUUCUGUACUUCAAAACUAAGUUGAUGUAUUUUUCACAAUCUCCUCAAUCUUAUAAUGAAGGUUGUAUUAUUCACAUUUCAAUGGUCUGUCAUUCUCAAUACAAAUCAAUGAGAUGAUUACAAGAAA